GGAUGGCUUUAAUUUAGGCUGGAUACCUGAAGAGCACAAGCAUUGCUUGCAGUAAAAAUUUUCGGCGGAUUUAGGGGGGAAUAAUAAAGCGGAUGUGACGUACAAAGGUCACCGUCGCCCGCAUCUUCCCCGGUGGACGCGAUGGCGCCGUUAGACUUGGAUAAAUACGUGGAGAUAGCGAGGGAAUGCAAAUACCUUCCCGAAAACGAUUUAAAGAGACUCUGCGACUAUGUGUGUGACCUUCUUCUGGAGGAGUCCAAUGUACAGCCCGUCUCCACUCCGGUCACAGUCUGUGGAGACAUACAUGGACAGUUUUAUGACCUGUGUGAACUUUUCAGAACUGGGGGGCAGGUUCCAGACACAAACUAUAUUUUUAUGGGUGACUUUGUUGACCGUGGAUACUACAGCCUGGAGACCUUCACCUAUCUGCUGGCGCUGAAAGCAAAGUGGCCCGACCGCAUCACUCUGCUGCGGGGGAACCACGAGAGCCGGCAGAUCACACAGGUCUACGGAUUCUACGAUGAGUGCCAAACCAAGUAUGGAAACGCAAAUGCGUGGCGAUACUGUACGAAGGUGUUUGACAUGCUUACAGUGGCUGCUCUUCUUGACGAGCAGAUCCUGUGUGUGCACGGUGGUCUGUCGCCCGAUAUCAAGACCCUGGAUCAGAUCCGUACCAUUGAGCGCAACCAGGAGAUCCCGCACAAAGGGGCCUUUUGCGACCUGGUGUGGUCCGACCCGGAGGAUGUGGACACAUGGGCCAUUAGCCCACGGGGAGCUGGUUGGCUCUUUGGAGCAAAAGUCACAAAUGAGUUUGUCCACAUCAACAACUUGAAGCUCAUCUGCCGCGCCCACCAGCUCGUCCAUGAGGGUUACAAGUUCAUGUUCGACGAGAAGCUGGUGACGGUGUGGUCGGCACCGAACUACUGCUACCGCUGUGGGAACAUCGCCUCCAUCAUGGUGUUCAAGGACGCCAGCACGCGGGAGCCUAAGCUGUUCCGCGCUGUGCCUGACUCGGAGCGCGUCAUCCCACCCAGAACGACGACACCAUACUUCCUCUAAGUUUGAGAGUUAACGCCCCCUCUCUUCCAGGCCGCUGGUGUACAUAUCACCAUUUUUCUGUUCUCCACUAAACAUUUAAAGUUUGAUGUUAUUAAAUUAUGCUGUUUUUAAUCGCAGAAUUUAUAGUCUCCGGAAUCACCCGGUAACGUGGAAAUGUUUCUUAUUUCCUCAUUCGCGUAUGUUUUCUCCUGGCUAUGCAGGCCUCUCAUUAUAUCGCUCUACGAUAAAUCGGUCCCUAAACAUGUGGAGGUUAAGUGUACUUUUGUUAAUCUUAUCACUGUUGUGACACAGUCACAUGACACCUGUUGCUAUGGUACUUCAUCGCACUCAGUCGUGUUGCUUGAAUGCAGAAGUUGGUGGUGCAGCCAUGAAAUGAGUCUGGCUCACGUGCCACGAGGGUGUUAGAUCUUUGCUUUGGACGUAACUUGGGGAGAAAGUGAGAGAUGCAAGGCGUGGGACGUGGUCCAGUGACAUUGAGGCUUUGCUCUGAACAAAAUAUGUGCCAGUUAU